GCCAGGCUGAAGAUGGCCAAGCCUUUCGAGUGGACAGGACAGCAGCGAGAAUUAGGAUAUACAAAUGAAACAGUGAAAUGAGUUUGGUGAAAGAGAAGAGUUGACUUUUAGGAAAGAAUUGUUGCAGGAGGAAUUAAAAAUAACAAACAACUUGGAUAAGAAAUAGAAGCGGUGAACCAGAGAACCAUUAUAGAAGACCAAACCCAACCGUGAAUUCGCGUAACAUAUCCCAAGUCACAAAGCGAUCGAAAUGAAAAGCCUAAUAAAAUUGAUUGACACUGAAACAACUUCUGUACAUUUUCACCGAGAAAAACAAUUGAAAUGCAGGACGGGUCGGCAGAGUUGGAUGGGAUCAACAAGUGAUGCUGCAUCAGCACGAGGACAUUUCCAUCUGAUUCCCAUCUCAAAAUAGACAAAGUUUCGGAACUAAACAAAUGGUCACUGACAGCAUUGUUUCAUAUUCCUUCCAAUACAAAAUCCCGCGAUAGAGUACUCAUCAUUAAGUAGCAUCAAACGUGUCUAGGGACGAUCAAACUCACUCACCUAGACUGCAACACAAGGAGACGUCCAUGACGAACAUCUUCCUCACACUUUGCCUGUUCCUUCUGCCAGUCUUCUUUCUCCUUUUCAGGAGGAGAAAAGGAAAGAUCAUCAGAGGAGCUUCCACCGGGGUCACUGGGACUACCCUUAGUAGGCCAAAGCCUUGGCCUUCUCAGGGCAAUGCGAGCCAAUAUUGCUGAAGCAUGGUCUGAGGAAAGAGACAAGAAGUACGGUCCAGUCUCUAAGCUAAGCCUCUUUGGAAAACCAACAGUUUUCAUCUAUGCACAGGCUGCAAACAAGUUUUUGUUCAGUCCAGUGACGGAGGCAAACUUUCCAACAACCAACAGGCCGUGUCAAUAAGUAUGAUUUUGGGGGGAUCGUAAUAUUUUGGAGCUCAGCGACGAAGAUCAUAAGCGAGUUAGAAAUGCUCUUCUUGUCUGAAGAUGUACACUUCUUUUCGGGUUCAACACGGAGCUCGAAGAGGUCAACUUGUUAAGUACCUCCAACAGCUAAUAGGGGAGCUCCGUCCACGCAUCAACCGCAGCCUUAAGGCCGGUGCAAAGACUCAAGAUAUGUUAAAAGGAGCAGCUUUUACGUGAAAAGAGACUUGAACUGUCAAAAGGGGCUCCGUCCCACCAGGGCCUCAUCUCUUGUUUACUUAGCAUCCCCGGAGAAGGCAAUGCAGAAGUAUUAUAUGAAGAAGAGAUAAUACGCAAUGUCCUGCUUAUGCCUAAAGGAUGGCAAGUAAGAGAGAUACCUCCUCCUGUUAUUUUUGUUCUUUCUAGUAUAUGGUAAAGCGUGGGAUUAAAAAAAUCCUUCCUUCACGAUAACUAUAGAUCUUUUGGGUUGCGGCCAUGACUCGCAUGGAUAGCAGCAUAUCCCACAAAGUUUGAUCCGACAAGAAUUGAUGAUCAAUCUUCCAUUCCUCCUUACUGCUUCAUUGCAUUCGGGGCAGGAGUUCGUAAAUGUCCAGGAUACGAGUUUGCGAAAGUUCGAGGCUUUAGUCACAAUUCACUGUCUUGUUACUCAAUUCACAUGGAAGUUGUGCUGCCCAGACAAUCAGUUCAGUCGAGACCCAAAUGCCAGUACCAGCUCAAGGACUCCUAUUCAACUAACACCAAAAAAGAAAACACAAUACAAUAUAGAUACAGGGCAUUAAUCAAUUUAACAACUAAAGCUUGGAUUUGGAGGGUCGAGAAUCGGAUUUUCUGCCAAGUGCCAAUUAAUUCUCAGUUGUUUUGUACUUCAGCAUUGAGCACGAAGUUCCCUUCUAGAGUUAUCCGCAGUUCAAACUCGCUCUAUUUUUCUGCAUCUUUUCCCGUCGAGAGAGAGAGAGAGAGAGAGAAGAUUUCUCAGGACUAGUGAUUUCAUAAUACGAUAAGAUACUAUGAGCUAACAAGACUCUUUACUUUUUACAAGGUCACUAACUGCCACGUCAUCAGGAGGCAAAAGGCGGUGAAUCGGACCGCCAAUUAAGAGAGCAGCUGAGAAUUGUCAGCACAAUCCUUCAAAUCCCGGGUUUGGUUUUCCUUCUUCAGCUGCUCCCUGCCCCGGCUUGUCGAUGGAAAAAGUCAAAGCCAGAGACCUAACGGCCUCGUUUCAACAGCUCGAUUUGCAUCUCAAUCCCAACAAGGCCACUCAGAAAUCAACCAAGUUUUCGCUCCUUUCCCAUCAAAAUCAUGCUUUUUGGAUUGCAGUGCUAAAGAUUAAGAAGCCAAAGCCUCCCAGCUUAGUGAGUUUAUGUCUUGGGGUAGUUGGUAGGCAUUUUGAGGACAUCAUUGAGGACUUGCCUGAUAUUGCCCCGACUUUUCCACCCAAUAUCAAGAUGGCCCUUGCCGCAAUUGCAAGAAGACGAAAGUUACUGACUGAUGAUGUUAUUAUCGUAUUAGCUGAAAGUUCUUGGGACAUACUUGACAUAUCGGGUUCAGAUAUUUCUGAUUUUGGUUUAUCACAAGUACUUCAGAUAUGCAAAUCUUUGCGAGCAGUUGACAUAAGUCGGUGCAGCAAACUCACGUCAACUGGGAUUUCUGAACUCCUUCAGCAUUGCCAGUGUUUGGAGAUAUUGAGAUGGGGAGGGUGCCCAGCAACUGACCAAACAGCGCGGAGAUGCUUAAGUAUCUUGAAGCCUACUUUACAUGAUGUGGCCGGGGAAUCUUGGGAGGAACUGGAGGCCACAGAUAUUGCCGCUGCUGCACAAUCACUUCGUUGGCUUGUAUGGCCAAAAGUUGACAAGGAUUCCUUAGAGAGCUUGUCUGUAGAAUGCCCCCGCAUAAUUAUAAACCCAAAACCAUCAGCUUUUGGAUACAGAGGCUUUGAAAUUCCUAGAGAAGCCUUCCCAAGUGCAGCAUUGGACGAUCCAGUUGUUGAAGAUAUUGAUCCGAAAACAUGGGCGAUAUCUGGGUUUACAGCUGGGUCAAUAAUCGCGUCAACUUCUGGCUCUGAUGAGUUACCCAUGGCUGAAAAGUUUAGGCUUGCAUUUGUAGAGAGAGAUAACCGGUUGGCACCAAAGCGUGCAAAGAAUGCAAGGCAGCACCAGCGACGAGCAGUGAGGGAGUGGGUGAUGAUGAGUUCUAGAGCAAAAGCAAUGGCACUUGCCUCCCAAGCAACCAAGUCUCUACACCAUCGGAAUUAGGCUAGGACGUUAUCCUGCUUUCAUAUCAUGAGUUUCAUUCUUUAGAGCCUAAGGAUUAAGUUUUAUCACUGUAUUACUUGAAAGUUGGCCUGAAGUCUAUGCGGUUUUGCAGGCAUGAUUUUCAUUGUUUCGGUCUCUCUCGUUUUCAUGAUGUAGAAUGUAUGUUUUAGGUAUCUCUAGCGAUCCAGUGGAUGGGAGGAAUUCACUGAUCAGGGAUUGUGUUAUCAUUCUUCUUCUUUUGCUUUGCCUUUGUAAAGUAUUUAAGUACAGUGAAGUAUAGUUAAGACACCGGCUGUAAAGUAAUGCAUUCCAAAGAAAUUUCUUGCUUCA